AUGAGGGCUCUACAAGUUCGCCAGAUAAAGCGAUCUUCCAUUAAGGUAUCUGCGACGGCAGAUGAAAAGCGCCCGGCAGCAAAUGACCGGGUGACGUCGGUGCUCGCUAUGGUAACGCUUGCGGCGUGCUCAAUGCAGAUUACUAGAUUCCAAAAUGCAUGGGUAUCUGACGACGACUCUAGAAUCACAAGAGAAGACAUUGUCGUGACUGUCAACGGCGUUUCUUACGAAGCACGCGCUAUUGAGGACAUGAAGAAGUGGCACAUGAUGAUCCAAAGGUUUGCCGACAUCGAUGCGGCAGUAGAGUGGGCACUCGGUAUUACCUGGCAGCCUGAGGUGAUAUCCAUCGCCAAGGACGAACCUAUCAUGGAGCCGAGACAAGCUGCACUGCGGUUGAAGAUGAUUCGAGUGCUGCAUGCCGAUUACUUCCUCACGACAUUUUGUGGGAAGCAGGAUAUUGAAGAGGAAUGUCUGGACCGCGCGACGCGUCGAAUGAUUCGGCUGCACCGAGGAAGAGCGCCUACCAGUCUAAGAUGCGUUUCAUGUGCUGUCGAGCGAGCGCCUCCCUUUGCUGCUGAUAGCGGUGAACGUCGAUGGGAAUCAUUGCAAUGUCGUGACAGGAUUAAGCAGCUAAAAGCUGUUGCCGUCAAGGAGAUAUUCCCACUCCUACCAGGGCGCGAGACUGGAUACAAGUUUGCUGUCUUUCCGUCGAUGACCCAAGUCGACAACUACAAUUGCGGCCUAUUCGUCCUCAUCUUCUUCGAAGCUAUGCUAUCCGGUUCAUCGGUAAGUGACAUCGAUGACGACGACGACAGAAAGGAGUUAAUGCAGCUCUUCAGGCCAGCGAGUUUCCGGAAUGUAGCAAAGAGACCCGGAGGAUGUACUCCGAAAUUCAACACCCGUCAACGGAGCCAGCGCACCAACAUUAUCGCAGCAAAGAAGUCUGUGAAGCUUCCGGCCGUCCACCGGCAGCAACUCCACACCGCGUCCAGGGUCUCGCCAGCCUACACGACGCUCUGCGUCUGGUCCGCGCCUGGGAGCUCCACGCUCAGCAGCUCCGCCGCCUCCUCAAUGAAGCAGCAGGUUGUCACCUGGAACGGCAGCCAGCGUCGCGCCUCUUUGACCUUGUACACGCCGACGUCCAGCUUUCAGGUCUUGAGGCGGUCCACGAGCACCCGCAACACGCGCAGAAUCGACAGCAAACUCUCGCCCAGACUCACCAGCACCGCCACGACUUGCUUGUUUACUGCGACCGCUGCCCACGUACUAGAUGGCCAGACGGCUGAGCAACUACAGGCGGUGGCAGCUCCGACGCCGCUGCAACCGGCAGCGCCGCCUCUAGUUGCUCGACGAGGUGCUGGCUGGGUAGAUGCAUUGACGGUAAUAGCGAGCAGCUUCUCGCGUAGCUGCCCGACGCGGCAUCAUCCAGAACAGUCGGCAGUUGGCGCUACCGUUCGCGCACACGUGGGCAUUCCGGACGAGCUCAUAGCGAUGCCACUGCUGCGUGUCUUCGAUUCUGGUUCACUACUUGUACUUCGUUUCAUCGUCAUCUUCCUGGGACGCUCCUGCGAGGAAGCCCUUGAGGGGAGCUGCGGACCCACAUACUUAGUCCAAAAUGACGUGGCUAUCACGCACAGUUUUUCUGCCUGA